UUGUUGUCUCCUGCUCUGCAUCACAUGAAGAAAACUCUUCUGCACCAGAUACACCUCAUGAACUCUCUCAGAUAAGAAAUGAGAUGGUGUCAUCAGAUGAACCUUCUAGAUCAGAAACCUCAUGUAUCCUCGGUUCGAGCUGUUCCUGGGUGGUGUCUACAGAUGGUUUUGGAGAACCAGACUGGGUGUUAUCUUCAGCUCGUGUCCUGCUGUCUCAGGAGGGGCAGCAGCUGCUUCCGGAGAGCAGCUCCUCUAGUGAAGACGUCAAAGGGGACAUUUUCCUCCUGAACAUCAGUAGGCUCCCAGGCAGAUGUGAAUUCAGCCUGCAUAGCCCUGUCCUGCCUGGGAGCUUGGACUCUUGCUUGCUGGAAUUGGUCAUAUAUUCACAAGAUGCUGUUCCUCUCCUCCAGAGGUUCACAGUUGAAAUCAGACAUGUGGAAACAAACAGAAAAACAAUAAUUCCUCUAAAAGUUGGCCAUGAAGAGGAUGCUGGGAUGAAAUGGAAACCACUGAUGGCCCAAAUUGGACGAAUAGAAAGACCUUUUAAAAUCACCUUGCUGUAUUCAAGCUGUGGAGCACAAGAGGCUGGACUGCUGGCAGUGGGCUCCUUGCAAUUCAGUAAUUGCUAUCAUGAUAAAGAAGACCAAGAUCUUUCUAUAUAUGACAAAGGCUCUGCCCUUCCCUGCCUUCUUGGAGGCUGUGUCAGCCAUUUGCAGAUCUGUGAAUUCAUCAGUGAUUGCCCUACAAAAGAAAAGGAGAGAGUGAGGUGUGACAGCCUCCCAGAGGGAUCACAUUGCUCUUUUGAAGAAGGUCCUUGUGGCUGGACACUGAAUGGCACUGUAGCAUCCACCUGGUCUAUUAGGGGCCUUACCAAAAUGAUUCAAGAAGCCCCAUUUAUAGGGUCUACCUUGCAAGCCACUGGAGGACACUUUCUGUACCUGCGAGCAGACAGCAAUCAGACCAGUGGCACAGCCAAGGCUUACAGCACCAGUUUGCCAGCCAAUAUUGCCACUGAAGACUACCAGGUCCAAUUCUCAGUGCAUGUUUUUGGCAGCUACAAUGGUACCAUCUCCUUCUCUAUCAGGGAAGAGACAAAGGGAGUGCCAAACACCUUGCAGAUGUGGGAAAAAGCAGGGAGCUGGAGUGACUACUGGUUUCUCAUCACUUUACCGAUGCCAGUGCUCCAGAACCGGUUUCACCUGCAACUGCUGGCAACGUGGGGCUGGAAUUCUCAAGCUGACAUUGCUGUGGACAAUAUUACAUUUGGACUCGACUGCUUCACUGAUGGAAGACAACAAAGCCAUUUUGGUGGGAAGCGCCAGUACCCACGGGAAGUUAGUGUCCUGGAUGAGCAUCUCCUGAAUCCGCUGGAGGAACCCUCCCUCCCAGGGGACACAUCCGUUGUUCUCUGGUGGUUCACGACGUGUGGUGCCAGUGGUCCACAUGGGCCAACUCAGGCCCAGUGUGACAGUGCCUACAAGGACAGCAACGUGUCAGUGGCUGUGGAGAAAGAGGGCAGCCUUCGAGGAGUGCAGGUCUGGAGAGUGCCAGCCACAAACCGAUACAGGAUUUCUGCCUAUGGAGCAGCUGGAGGGAAGGGAGCCAAGAACCACAAUAAGAGGUCCCACGGGGUCUUCAUCUCGGCCACCUUCCAGCUUGAGAAAGAUGAGCUGCUGUACAUCUUAGUGGGGCAGCAGGGGGAGGAUGCCUGCCCUGGGGGCAAUCCUCAAACCCAGAAGAUCUGCUUAGGGGAGUCAUCUCUCAUUGAGGAAGAUUACAAAAAGAAAAAGGACCUGAAGGAGUGGGCUGGAGGAGGUGGGGGUGGAGGAGGAGCCACCUACAUCUUCAGACAGAAAAAUGGGAUUUUCGAACCUUUGCUCAUCGCAGCAGGAGGAGGAGGGAAAGCCUACCUGAAGGCUCAGGAGAGCUCCCUAGAUGAUGCACCCCUGGAGCAGUUUGAGAACAGCACUGCAGUACCUGGAGUCAGUGGCAAUACUGGGGCAGCAGGUGGAGGUGGCGGCUGGCAAGACAUGACUCUGCUUCCUCAGGCUGGGAGGUCGCUCCUGGAAGGUGGCGAAGGGGGUCGGUCUUGUCCCCAGGCACUAGCCAAGCUCCAGUGGGCCACCUCUGGUGGCUUUGGUGGGGGAGGAGGAGCUUGUACUUCUGGUGGAGGUGGAGGAGGCUACAGAGGGGGGCAUGCCUCUGCUAAUGAUGAUAUCACGGCUGGUGGGCAGGAUGGCAUCUCUUUUGUGAACCCCAUUGGAGAGAUCUUCUUGCAUCCCCUGGCAGCCAUGGAGAGUCACGGGGAGGUGGAGGUUCAGAUCUACCUGAACUGCAGUCACUGCCACUCGGACAACUGUAAGCGGGACCCUGACACCAACCUGCCAGUCUGUCAGUGUGAGAUAGGGGCUGUGCUAGCCAAUGACAACGUCACCUGCACUGUACCACAGGGCCCUAUCCCAGAGGGACACCUGCCUCUCCCACUCCUCCUAGCCGUGGUGGCUAUGAUUGUGGUGCUUGGAAUGGUCCUCACUUGUGGCAGCCUGUCCAUUGUUUAUCACCUUAAGAAGCAGCAGCUAGAAGGAGCCAGAGCACGACUGCAAAGCCCAGAAUAUAAACUGAGCAAAAUCCGCACAUCAACCAUCAUGACAGAUUACAACCCCAACUACUGCUUCGCAGGGAAGGCCGCCACGCUGAGCGAGCUGAAGGAGAUCCCACGGAAGAACAUCUCUCUGCUUCGGGCACUAGGACAUGGUGCAUUUGGAGAGGUUUAUGAGGGCACAGUGGUAGGCAUCGCAGGAGAUCCCAACCCUCUUCAAGUAGCAAUCAAGACAUUGCCAGAAGUCUGCUCUGAGCAGGAUGAGAUGGAUUUCCUCAUGGAAGCAUUGAUAAUCAGUAAGUUCAGCCACCAAAACAUUGUGCAGUGCAUCGGGGUGAGCCUGCAGACGCUGCCGCGCUUCAUUCUGCUGGAGCUCAUGGCUGGAGGAGAUAUGAAGAGCUUCCUUCGGCAGAAUCGACCCCGAGUGAAUCAGCCAUCCACGCUAACGAUGCAGGACCUGCUGCACAUUUUUUUGGAUAUUGCCUGCGGCUGUAAAUAUCUGGAGGAGAAUCAUUUUAUCCACAGGGAUAUAGCUGCCAGGAAUUGCCUUUUGACCUGUGUUGGGGCAGGACGAAUAGCAAAAAUUGGUGACUUUGGGAUGGCCAGGGAUAUUUACAGAGCAAGUUACUAUCGCAAAGGAGGAAGAGCCAUGCUUCCUGUCAAGUGGAUGCCACCAGAAGCUUUUCUAGAGGGGAUUUUCACCUCCAAGACUGACACCUGGUCCUUUGGAGUGCUGCUCUGGGAGAUUUUUUCUCUAGGUUACAUGCCCUACCCUUGCAAAACCAACCAGGAAGUGCUGGAAUUUGUCACCAGUGGAGGAAGAAUGGAUCCACCAAAGAACUGUCCAGGGCCUGUAUACCGGAUCAUGACACAGUGCUGGCAACACAGCCCAGAGUAUCGGCCGAACUUCUCCACCAUCCUAGAAAGAAUCAAAUAUUGCACACAGGACCCUGAUGUGAUCAACACGGAGCUGCCUAUGGAGUGCGGCCCAGCCCCAGAGGACGAAGGGAGCACGGUCGUGCGCCCAAGCAUUUCUAGUGGGAUGGUGCCCCUGCUCGUGAGUCCUUCUCUUACAUCGCAGGCGCCCCCACAAACACUUGACUCCCCGUGUGCUGGGCGUAAGCCUGGGUUGUGUCCACAAGAGCUGCUGGUGGAGAACCUGAGCGCCUGGACGGCUCGAGGGCCCAGCCUGCCCUGCCUCAGCGAUUUCAACAGUGGGUCUUGGCUUCAGCAGAGCUCGAACCAGAAGCUGGAGCUCAGCAAUCCAUCAACCCACAGACUGAAGAACAAAACCAAAAACCUUUGGAACCCAACCUAUGGCUCAUGGGUGCUAGACAACAUCUGUCGUCCCAGCCCCAGCUCCAAACUCCAAGCAACUCCAGAGCGAGAAGAUUCAGGCUUUGAUGGGAACUGCAGUUCUUCUCCUAGUUCCCGGGCAUCGCCAGCAUCUCCGAGUCGAAGCAACUGCCCUCACCUGGAUAUCGGUGGGAUUGAACUGGUGAAACUUCAGACGUUCCCCUGUGGCAAUGUAAAUUACGCAUAUGAUGAUCUGUGCACUGGCCACCAGCCAUCAGCUUUGCAAGGGGCCAGAGCAGCUGUACUAAGGAGCUCCAGUCUGCGUAGAGAUGAGAAGUCUUUUCCUAAACCACAGAAAACGUCAAGAGAGAGGGACUCUGGGCUGUCUUUGUCAGAUGACUUGAGUGUUACACCAGUAUAA